CUGGCUCAGUAUAAAACGUGUCUAGCUAACGAAAACAACACACACAUAUAACAUUAUUAUUAUUGUUAUUAUUUUUUUGUAUUUACAUAACCAGUAUUUUCUAAAAGAAAAUUUCAAAAUUACAUCAAAAAUCUCUUUUGGCCAUGGCGAAGAAUAUAUUUCAACAGUGGAUAGGCGCAUUUAAGGGGAUCUCUCGACUUGUGCCCAGAGACUUGACUAUAACAGAUACUGCCGGGACUCUGCUGAAGGCUCUUCGCAAAACUGGCGUCGAUUUCAUGAAAACCCUGACCGCCAACAAGAGCCUUGUUGAAAUGCCGAAGAAAGUAACUUCCCUUGUGGAGAUGCCAAAGGAACAAACACCUAAAAAACUUUAUGUCCAACCAAAAGGCAAAGAUGCCGGGAUAAAGGUUAUUCCCUCUCUCAAAUUGCCAAAUCCUGAAUCCGCAAAGAAGAUCGAAGACCAAAAGCAAUCGGAGUGGUCUUUUGGAAUAUUCAACGAAGCUCUUCGUAAAACUGGCUCAAAGCAGUAAAAAAUGGGAUUUGUGAUGCCAGGACUGCCAAACAUAAAAUUUAAAAAAUUCCAAUGAAUGCCAAGAAAAUCCCAUAUCAGAUGGAGAUUCAUAUUUCCACGAAAUCCUCCCACUAAGUGGCAACAUAAAUGAAAAACUUUCUCGAAAUUUAUUCGGCUAGAGGAGUGUGUUCCAGUGCCGUCCCGUAAAUCCUAAAGGAUAAUAAUUGUUGUGUACGAUUUCUAAUCAGAUACAUUUGUUUUUCUAUUAAAAAAGUAAGCAAUGGCACA